CCUAGGCAUCCGCCACUGCGCUCACCCACUUAUUGCCACUACCAGCCAGCCGGAGCAGGGCCUGGUCGAUACAACUAUUUUUUUUUGAGGUACCUGAGACCACUCCACAGCACCUCUCUGCUCUGGCAUUGGCAAGACUCCUGACUGUGGCCCAUGGGCCUCUGAGGAGGCAUUGUAAGUCCGCCCAGCUCCCCACUUGCUGUGCUCCCACUCAAUGGGAAGGGAACAAAGGCCUUGUCCAGCCAUCAGCCACAGCCUCUUGACAACACCAGGAUGGAAGUCAAAGGUCAGCUGAUCAGCUCUCCCACCUUCAGUGCCUCAGCUGCCCUGUUUGGAGAGGCUGCCCCCCAGGUGAAGUCAGAGCGUCUGAGGGGGCUGCUCGACCGUCAGCGGACCCUGCAGGAGGCCCUGAGCCUGAAACUUCAGGAGCUACGAAAAGUGUGUCUCCAGGAGGCGGAGCUGACUGGCCAGCUGCCCCCCGAGUGCCCACUGGAGCCUGGUGAACGGCCCCAGUUGGUCCGCCGGCGGCCGCCUGCAGCCCGCGCCUACCCUCCACCGCACCUCAAUCCAGCACACCACUCCUUGUGCCCUGCCAAGGUGAGCAGAUGGGCGUGCAGAGCAACAUGGGGGUGGGACAGGAGCCCGGAGGAAGCCGAGAGCGGGUUGCAGCCAGGAGAAGGAGAGGCUAAGGCCCCGCAGGAGCUGGCGCUCGAGGCCCUGGAGCGCGAAGUGUCAGUGCAGCAGCAGAUUGCGGCAGCUGCCCGCCGCCUGGCCUUGGCCCCUGAGCUCAGCGCCGAGCAGCGCCGACGUCGGCGCCAGGUCCAGGCAGAUGCUUUGCGGAGGCUGCAUGAGCUGGAGGAGCAGCUCGGGGACGUCCGGGCCCACCUGGGUCUCCCGGGGAUCCCGCCGCCCCAGCCCCUGCCGCUAUCCACUGGGGCAGUUAUCGUUGCCCAGGGAGUCUGCCUGGGCACGCGCCUCGCUCAGCUCAGCCAAGAGGACGUAGUCCUGCACUCGGAGAGCAGCUCCCUCUCAGAGUCUGGGGCCAGCCAUGAUAAUGAGGAGCCCCGUGGCUGCUUCCCUCUGGCUGAGCGCCCUUCACCACCGAAGGCCUGGGACCAGCUGCGGGCAGUAUCUGGGGGCAGCCCUGAGCGGCGAACCCCGUGGAAACCACCCCCGUCAGAUCUCUAUGGGGAUCUGAAGAGCCGGCGGAACUCCGUGGCCAGCCCCACCAGCCCCACACGCUCGCUGCCCAGGAGUGCCUCCAGUUUUGAGGGGCGAAGUGUGCCUGCCACCCCUGUCCUCACCCGGGGCGCUGGCCCCCAGCUCUGCAAACCUGAAGGCCUCCAUUCUCGCCAGUGGUCCGGCAGCCAGGACUCUCAGAUGGGCUUCCCCCGGGCGGACCCUGUCUCCGACCGUGCCUCCCUCUUCGCAGCUCGCACCCGCCGCAGCAAUAGCUCCGAGGCCCUGCUGGUGGACCGGGCAGCUAGUGGGGGAGCUGGCUCCCCGCCUGCACCUCUGGUUCCCCCUGCCACUGGUCCCCCAGCCUGCAAGAGCAGUGAGGUGCUAUAUGAGCGCCCCCAACCAACUCCUGCCUUCUCCUCCCGCACGGCUGGCCCCCCAGACCCUCCCCGGGCUGCCCGGCCCAGCUCAGCCGCCCCUGCCUCCCGCGGGGUCCCCCGGCUCCCGCCUGUGUGUGGGGACUUCCUCUUGGACUACUCCCUGGACCGGGGCCUGCCUCGCGGUGGCGGCGGGACAGGCUGGGGGGAGCUGCUGCCCACAGCUGAGGUCCCAGGACCCCUCUCUCGCCGGGAUGGGCUCCUCACCAUGCUCCCAGGCCCACCACCUGUGUAUGCAGCUGACGGCAGCAGCCCCCUCCUCCGCAGCAAGGACCCCCACAGCCGUGCCACCCGCACCAAGCCCUGUGGCCUGCCCCUGGAGGCCGCUGAGGGCCCAGAGGUGCAUCCCAACCCUCUGCUGUGGAUGCCCCCACCCGCCCGUAUCCCCCCAGCUGGUGAGCGCAGCGGCCACAAGAACCUUGCCCUGGAGGGGCUGCGGGACUGGUACAUCCGGAACUCGGGACUGGCCACAGGGCCCCAGCGCCGGCCUGGGCUCCCCCACAUGGGCCCGCAGCACCCGCCCUUCCUCCACGCCCGCUGCUAUGAGGUGGGCCAGGCGCUGUAUGGGGCCCCCAGCCAGGCGCCACUCCCGCACUCAAGGAGUUUCACGGCGCCCCCUGUCUCCGGCAGGUAUGGGGGGUGCUUUUACUGAUGGGUAGGGGUCUCUUGAGGCAGAUGGCAAAGGUGUCCAGGCCAGGGAGCCAGCUAGUCAUGGUAGCUAAUGACAUGGACCAUGAGAGAAGUAGGUGCAGCCUUGGCCCGGGGUCACUGGGCCCUGCCUGACUCGCAUUAGUCCGUGGGGUCUCGGUGGAGGGGUAUCUUGGGUCCUGGUAGCAGCAGUUCUUCACCAAGCUAAUACAAGAAUUUUAAUAUUUGAACAACCAGUGCAUGUCAGCUGAAAAUGAGCCUUGAAACUAGGGUGCUGGGAGGAAGGGACGUCCUGUGCCCCUUGCCUUUUUCUUCCUCUUUUCACCACGCCCCACGCUUGCGAGCCUAAAGGUGCUGUCCUGUGCCUGCCUCCACCUCUUUAACGAGCCUCUUUUCCUCUCUCUUUCUGUGUCUUGUCCGUCUUUUCCUCUCUCCUCUGUCUUCCCACCCUGUCCUCCGGAUUCCUGCUACCCCUUCUAAAGAUACUACGCGGACUUCCUGUACCCCCCGGAGCUGAGCGCUCGUUUAAGUGACCUGACGCUAGAGGGGGAGCAGUCCUCCGAUUCUGACCCCCAGACCCCGGGGACACUGGUCUGACCCCUUCUCAUAUGCCCCUUGUUGGCCUGGGAAUGACUUCAGUCUGGGGAGCACACAGCUGACCUCGUUGAGCCCUGGGGUGUGGCUGCUCUCGGUCCUGGGGGGCACCAAUGUGAUCUUCCAAGGCCCCUGGCUCCCCGUGGGCCCACGAAGGUGUCUGACACCCUGUGUCUCCUCUCACACUGUGCUGGGGACUGGGGGCCCUCCGCCAGCUUAAAAGAGAGGAGAGGGGAUGAUGUAAUGGGAACUCCAAGCCCCUUCCUCCAUUUCUGUUUACAGUUGUGAUCUAGGUAUUCACUGUCUUCCCUCAACACUAGACGUUUUAUAAAAAAGGAAACUGUGAUCUCGUCCUGGUUGGGUUCAUUCCUGUCCCCAUGACCAGCCUGUUCCAUUCAGAAGCCCCCUCCACAAAACAAACCAUAUAGGGUCUCAGGGCCCACUUUGGGGCAGCCAGGAGACUCUGGUGUGAACAGAACUCCCUGCCACCCCCCACUGGGGCAGUUUUUCUUGGGGAGGUGCCCACAUUUGGAAGGAAUGAAGUCUGGGUGGGGGGCUUGUGUUCAUUUUCUCUCCCCCAGGGUGCCUGAAGGCGCCCCAGUCCCUGUCUGCCUGUCUGUGCCCGCUGCCUCUGCCCACAGAGUGAGACGACCCAGCCUUUGGCGGCAGCCUCCUCUGCCCCGACUAUCCCCAAUCAGGAGGCCCCGCAGGAGGACCAAAGGGCAGAACCACUGGGUGUGUUGUGUCCUGGGAUGUAGCGGUGGUGGAACCUGGCGUCUGGUAGAUGCCAAUGAAAUCCUCAAGUGACGUCUCGCCACGGGUUAUGUCACACCUUCCUUGGCUUUCCUUCCAUCCACCACUUUUUAAACAAAUCCACACAAGCUGUGUUUUCUAUGAUACCUGUCUGUGGCUUUCUGGAGCUGGGGGUUCCCCUACCCCCUUUACCUAGUGUUAAACUUUUCUUUUUGUACUAAUGGAUCUGGGCCCAAGACACUACCCACACUGGAAGGGGAUUUCUAUAAUAAAUGUGUAAACUGAA